UUUUUUUUCAUCUUCAUCUUUCUUUUACAAUUGUAUCAUAUUUAAGAACUGGCUUCUUGAAACUUAUAAACAAAUCCUUUUCCAUCUAUCAACCAAGUUUCAUCUUCUACAAAGAAAACAAACAAGAUGUCAGAUUCAUCAUCAUGCACUGGUGGUCCAGAUGAAGUAGCAGGAAUGGUUGGAUUGCGAAUUGGAGCAAUUUUCAUCAUCGGUUUCAGUUCAUUGGCAACAACUUUAUUUCCAGUAGUUACAAAAAGGGUACCCAAGCUAGCAAUUCCUGAAGCAGUUUUCAAUUUUGCAAAAUAUUUCGGUAGUGGUGUAAUUAUUGCAACUGCUUUUAUUCACCUUUUAGGACCCGGGGUUGAAGAAUUAGGAAGUCCAUGUUUAAACAAAAAUUUUCAAAAUUAUCCUUUCGCACUUGCAUUUAGUAUGAUUGCAAUGUUUGUGUUAUUCUUUGUCGAAUUAAUCUCUUUCAGAAUAGGUGCAGGCUUGGCAAGCAAAUUAGCCUAUGAUCCUCACGUUGGCGGUCACCAUCACGCAAACGAACAUGCAAUCCCACGUGGCGGCCCUGUUCCAUCAGCAAAGGACGAAGAAGAAAUCAUUGAACAAAGUGCCGAUUCACCACGUACGAUGGAAAAAUCAGCUUCAGAUGAAGAAGUAGGCGUUAUCGAACCAACCCAAGAAGGUCUUUCAGCAGCAGCAAGUGAAAUCUUAGGUGUGAUGAUUUUGGAAUUCGGUGUAAUUUUCCAUUCGGUUAUUAUUGGUAUCACUUUAGGAACAACACAAAAUGACCAAUUUACAACAUUGUUCAUCGUUUUAAUUUUCCAUCAAGCAUUCGAAGGUCUUGGUUUGGGUACUCGUUUGGCCGUUUUGCCUUUACCCAAAAAAUCUUGGAUUCCAUUCAUUGGUGGAUUGGCAUACGCUUGGGUCACUCCGAUCGGAAUCGCAAUCGGUUUGGGCAUUCGUUCAACGUACAACGGAAAUAGCACUACCGCAAAUUACGUCACGGGUACUUUUGAUUCCGUCUCUUCGGGUAUUUUAUUGUAUACCGGUUUGGUGGAAUUAUUGGCUCACGAAUUCAUCUUUAACGAAAAGAUGCGAACCGCUCCUUUGUUCAAAGUUCUUUUGAGCGUUUUCGAAAUGUUAUUGGGUGCCGGCUUGAUGGCAUUGUUGGGUUACUGGGCUUAAUUAUAGAUCUUCCUUUAUCUGUUUCACUACAUUUAUCAUUCGUGUAAAAACCAUACCCUUCUGUGAUUAUUAUCAUAAAAGUGAAAAUUUAGUGUGAGAUUGAAGUGAUAUCUUAGUAUACAAGUGAUGUA